AUGUUCGUCAUGCUCAGCAUCAGGAGCCCCCAAUCCAAGCAGCCCAGUGACAACCAGUUUCUCUUCGAUCACUGUCGCUGCUCGGCAUGCUUCCACGGCAAGACCAGGCAACGCCUGCGGACACUCGCGAAUGUCCCUAGCAAUGUUUCUGUGGCCAGUGCUCAAAUCUCAAAUGGCAAGCUUCACGUGGUGUGGCAGACAACUCCAGUUCACGAAUCGAGCUUCCCUCUCGCCUUUCUGCGGCAGGCGUCGUAUGACCCUCCUCUCGCAACCAGAGGGGAACUCCUUGACCAGUCACCACUUCACACAUGGGGAUCAGAGAUUGCUCAGAACCCUCCUACUGUCACAUACGAAUCCGUUAUUCCUGCGAAGACAGGUGGAGAGGCAGAGAAAGGGGUUCUCAGCUGGCUCGACAAAGUGCACGAGUACGGAUUCUGCUUUGUUACAGGUGUACCAACCACCACCGAGGCCACAGAGGAGUUGAUCCGCCGUAUGGGGCAUAUACGCGAAACUCACUAUGGCGGCUUCUGGGACUUCACAGCCGACAUGUCGAAGGGCGACUUGGCUUACAGCAACCAAGGCCUCCCCGCGCACACCGAUACUGCAUACUUUACCGACCCGGCAGGUCUGCAGAUCUUCCACUGUCUUCACCAUCCCAUCCCCCCCGGAACCGGCGGAGAGACACUGCUCGUUGACGCAUUCUUUGUGGCAGAGCAGCUGUCCGAAAACUAUCCCGAGGCGUUCGCCACCCUUUCCCGCCUUGCGGUGCCCUUCCAUGCAUCGGGCAAUGAAGGAACUCUGCUCCGUCCCCCUAUCAGCCAGCCAGUCUUCCGUCACGACCACCUGGGUCGCCUCUAUCAGGCUCGGUGGAAUAACGAGGACAGGUGUGUCUUAGGGGAAGGCUGGACACCAGACGAGGUGCGCCAGUGGUACACUGCCGCUCGUCUGUUUGAGCAAGUCGCCACCAGCAAAGAGGCCGAAUACUGGGUCAAGCUGACUCCCGGAACUGUUGUCGUUAUCGACAACUGGCGAGUCAUGCAUGGGCGCGCAGCGUUUACAGGACAGCGUAGGAUGUGUGGAGCAUAUGUCGGAGCCGAUGACUGGAAGUCCAGGCGCCGAUCUCUAACGAACCAAUUCAAGGCUGGGCCCGAGGACAGUUGGUCAAUGGGCUGGUAA